AGUGAACAGGGUCAGUUCCUCACUCCCCUCUCUCUCUUUCUCUUUCACCAUCUCUCAUCGGUUUAUAACGGACCAAGGCAGCUCAGUGUCAGGACGCAAUCUGGAAUACACCACAAAGGGAGACAUUGUUAUAGAGCCUAGAGAAAACAAGGCAAAUGACCAACACAAUCUUGUUUGUGCAACUUUUCAUGGGAUUUCUUCUCAUUGUGGCAGAUUCCAGCUGUCCCAUAACAUUGAGUCCAUCUCGAGUUGCAGUGAAAUAUGGACACUCGGUAUCCAUCAACUGUACAGCAGACGGAGAGCUCAGGGAGAUGGGAUGGGAAUCACCACAAGAAGGCAUAGGAGUAGAGAUGGCCAACUAUUUGACAUGGAGUGUGACAAAUCUCACAACCGAGGAGGCCUUGUGCUUCGUCAACAUGGGACCUGAUCAGCAGUGUACACAACGUGCUGACAUUGUUCUGUACAAUUACCCAGAAACAGUCAACAUCAUCUCCAAUAGCACUGAUGGAUUCAUGGUAGAAGGGGCGGUCUAUCACCUGAUAUGUGAUGUACAUGGUGUAGUACCUGCAGAAAAAGUAUCGGUGAUGUGGUACAUAAAUGAAACAUAUUUCCAGAAAGAGAGGAUGAUAUAUUUUAGCCCAAGCAGAACACAAGACAGGGCUGAGAUUAGAUGUGAAGCUCAUAUGGAUCUCAUGCCAGAAGGACCGUAUAUCAAUGUAUCAUCACAAAUAUUCAAAAUAAAUGUCAAUUUUGGUCCAGAAAUGCUUUGCACUGAUGUGACAAUAGCAGAAGGUGAGACACUGGACAGUAAAUGCCCCGUACGUGGAAACCCCACCCCUUAUGUUGAGUGGUUUAAAAACCAACAGCAGAUAAAUUCAACAGCGCCCCUAACGAGAAACGAUAGCGGCAUUUACUUUGUCAAUACUUCAGGAUUGGCUAUCAGUCAGUCAUCUGUCAAUGUUAGUAUAUCAUAUGGACCUGAACUGAAUUGUCCACACUACUAUUAUACUGCUCUUGAACACACCAUUAUUAAUCUGAACUGCACAGUUGGAGGCUAUCCUAAACCUGAAGUGGCAUUGUACAAAGAUGGUGAAGAAGUGUAUUUGGGAAUUAUAACAAGAAAAGAUGCAGGGGAUUACGUACUUGUUGCCUCAACAGAAACCAUUGUUGUUAACCAAACGUUUGAGGUCAUUGUUUAUUAUCCUCCAUCAGAGAUUUUUGAGCUGGAAAGCUCAAGUUUUACAUUAGGCUCUUCUGUGUAUCUGAAAUGCUAUGCCAGAGGAAACCCAAGACCAAAGUACUCCUGGAUUUAUUACAAUAUUUCAAAUGUCUUCGAGGAAAAUGUUGAAGAAUCGUCAAUUUUGGUGAUUCAAAAUGCCACAACAUUCAACAUGGGAAACUACACAUGCCUUGCAUCAAAUGAAUAUGGAACAGUGUUUAAAACAGCAAGACUCACUGUGGAAGGUGCCAAGCAAGAAUGUCCUCUUCAAAUAAGCCCAGAGAGGAUGGUGUUGGAAUAUAACAGCGCGAGAAAGACUGCUACAUGCAAAACACAUCCUACAUCUGCAAACGAAGACAUCUACUGGCUGGACAACAGUGGAAAUAAUAACAGCAGUGAUGAAUGGGUUGCGGAUACACAUAACUGGAACGCAAACCCUGUUUGUAAAGGGGUAUUUAAGGGAAUAGGAGAGUGCGAGAAGAAGUUAGACUUCAUUCUUUACAAAAAACCGGACAGCGUUUCCAUCAGCAUUAAAGGAGACAAUGGGACAUUAAUGGAGAAUGAUUCAGUUACUCUGAUUUGUGAAAUCACAAGUGUUGCCCCUGCAAAGAGCGUUAUUGUGCACUGGUUCAAAGGGAAUGAAUCCUUCACACCUCCAAAUGAAGUCCAAGUCAGCUGCAGCAAGCCUAACAUUGAUGAGAUCAAGGAGAGUGUGCAGAUGUGGUUUAAAACAAACAUCACUUUAAACAGAACAAACAAUGGAGUGGAUUUCUUCUGUGGGGCUGUUUUGAACUUACCUGAAAUACAAGCCGAACCGAACCAAGAUUUAACAAAGUCCAGCCCGCUCAACGUCACUGUCUACUAUUUGCCCAGCAUUAACACUACGAAGCUCUCACACACUGUCCCGGUGUUUAGUGGUUAUGCCGAAGACCUAAAAUGUGAAGCUGAUGGAAACCCACGUCCAGAAAUCACUUGGACCGCUGAUGUAGCUCUACCACCCCAGCAGCCCAAUGGCCUUAUCUCUGUGAUCGAAAAGGGAAAAUACACAUGCAAAGCAAGUAAUCCUUAUGGAUCCGACACUCAUGUUGUGGAAGUAAUUGAAAAAGUGGACUACUUGCCGUUAAUAGCUGGAUUUGUAGCAGUCACUGUAGUCAUCAUCUCUAUGAUCUUUAUCUUCAUCUACUCCAUAUACUACAAGAACACCAAAAUGCGGCGCUAUAAUUUAAAAAACCCUAAACUUGGUGCUCACAAUGGUAAUGUGGCUCACAAUGGAUGGGAUCUGCCGUUGCCAAUGACCAAACUAUGAUAGCAUUUUAUUAGUGUCAGCUUAGACUGAAGCUGACCAGUCAACUCAAACUGCCUUACAACAAUAUCUUCCAUUUUUCAAAUAUCACACAGUACUGUAUAGUGCAGAUGUUUUAACUCUUUGAAUUACAAUUAAAUUAAAAGUAAAAAUGUAUUUUGGAUAAAACUCUCUUAGAAGUCGAUAAUGCCGGUGCCAAUAUUUGUACAUUUAGUAUGGAUCCCUGAGAUGAAUGUGUUUUUUAAUGGAUUAACAUUACAUACCAAAAGAACAAAUAAUUUAUUUCAUUUUGUGUUAUAUGAGAUUUAACUGCUUUGUGCCAGAGGAAAGACAAGAUCCCUUUGGUCUGACACUUAUAUCAUUUAUAUCAUUUGUGAGGUAGAAACUUGGUAGCAGCCUGGAUUACCCACUUUUGCACUGUGCUGUCUAUUUGAAAUAAUGGAAGAUCUUUUUUUUAAUUAACUACUGCAUUUACCAGCGCAUUGAAUAGUUAAAGUAAAGAUAUGGCACAAGAGGAAAUUGGUCAUAGUUGUCAGACAAAUCAUUUCCGUUUGAAGCUAAAUUUUGACAUUUGUUGUAUGGCGAGGUUUACCAGGAUCAAAGUCACAAGUCUUGAUUUAAACACUUUAAAUAUGCAUGGAUGACAGACAAUCUUAACUUACACAAGGCACAGGGCCAUCUGCCAUUGUUCGGUGAUAAGGACACAAUGAUGCCUUGAUGAUGACUUUUUAUGGUUCUCUCUCCUAUGAGGGCAGUCACAACAUUAACAUUUUAAAAGCCAAAACAUGAAUAAUGCUGUGUUCUAAACAAGGUCUCAAUCAAAAACUACUGUAUUUUUAAGUAAUGGUUAAGUCUUUGUUUUCUUGUUAUUCUGUGACAGUGAAUGUGUGAAAGAUCUCACUUAUAGUAUUUCCCCCAUUGAGCACAUUGUAUUGUAUUACCUUUGUUUAGUCAAAAUGCACUUUUUGUAUUGUCAAGUCCCUUUGACUUUUGUGUUAACAACUCUUGAUUGUAUAUUUCUUUUUUUUUUUUCUAAUUCAUGUUUGUACUAUGAAUAAUGUAAAGUAUUUAUUUAUUAUUUAUAUGAAAUGGUAACAGUUUGACUAGGAAAACAACAGGACUGCAAAGGAUUGACAAAACUGGAGUAACAUGCAGGAAAUGUGUGUUAAUAUUGUAAAUAUUUUAGAUUGUAAAUAAAUGUUUAUAUUAAAGA